UCGGGGCAGCUGACAGUCAUCGCUGAAGAACUUUGGAUGUGUUUGGAAACAGCUGACUGCAUCCAGCUGAAAGUGCCAGUUGUUCAGCAGCUGUACCACUGGGACUGUGGGCUAGCCUGCUCCAGGAUGGUGCUUCAGUACCUGAACCUUUUGGACAAUGAUGAAUUUCAGAAAGCCAUCCAGGAGCUCCAGCUGACAAAGAGCAUCUGGACUAUUGACCUGGCCUACCUAAUGCGGCACUUUGGUGUCAGGCAUAAGUUUUGCACCCAGACACUUGGAGUGGACAAGGGCUACAAAAAUCAGUCAUUUUAUAGGAAGCACUUUGACACAGAAGAGAAUCGAGUGAAUCAGCUCUUUGCACAAGCCAAAGCCUGCAAGGUGCUGGUGGAGAAGUGCACAGUAACUGUUCAAGACAUCCAAACCCACCUAUCCCAAGGUCACAUAGCCAUUGUCCUAGUUAAUGCAGUCCUGCUGUUGUGUGAUCUUUGCUCCAGUCCUGUCAAAUACUGCUGCUUCCUCCCCAUUGGACAGAAGUGCUUCUGCAGGAGUCCUGACUACCAGGGCCAUUUCAUUGUGCUAUGUGGCUACAACAAAGCCUCAGGGAGUAUUUACUACAACAACCCUGCCUAUGCUGACCGAACUUGCUGCACCAGCAUCAGUAACUUUGAGGAAGCCAGGACAAGUUAUGGCACUGAUGAAGAUAUUCUGUUCAUCUACACAGACAGCUGACAUCCACACCUGAUGCUUUCUGGUCCUUUCCUGUGCAGCCUGCAGGGCAGCUGGCUGCUUGUCUCAGGACUUCCCCUGCAGAGACUUUGCUCCUGAAUUGCAGUGGGAUCUUAAACAAGGGAGGCUUUACAGACAUUGCUAGGACUAUAUUGCAAAUCCUGUCUUUACCUUUUUUUUUUCCCCCCGAUGACUUGUCUGGUUUUGCCCUGUGUCUCAGUUGGUGGUUGGGGGUUUUUUCCCCUCGUUUUCAAUGUUGCACAUUUGACAGCAGUUUUAAAAUACAGGCCCAGUGCCUAUUCACUUUAGCUUAUUUUCAGAUUAAACACAUGAGAAAGAAAGCACCAAAUUAAUUUUAACACCUGGUGAUAGAUGCAUAGCUUUAGGUAAACAAAACUAGAAGACAAAGAAUGAAAAAAAUACUUGUUCCUCUGUCAAAGCAUCAAGGGUUUAGCUUCAUCCUGAAUCUAGGGAUUUGAGA